AUGACCGAGACAGAGGGUGCUAGUUUGGGUGAACAGCUUUUGGAAUGCGCUAGACGGAAUAACACGGAGCUUUUACUUGAUAUAAAAGUUAGAUGCAACAACGACCACGUCCAAUUGUCACAGUUGAUCAACGAUACACGCGAGAUCAUUACAGAUAACUCAGCAUUGCAUUUGGCAUGUCAGUUGGGCAACUGGGAAUUCAUCGACAUUGUGUUAGACAUUGAGGGAGUAGAAAUAGACCCCAUGAACCGUGAAGGAGACACUCCAUUGCAUCUUGCUGUCAAAUACACCAAUGAGGAACCUGAACAUGGGUUCUUUAUUGUUGAUAACAUGUUAGAUGCGGGUUCGGAUCCUCGGGUGGUUGAUAAGCACGGGUUAAAGCCAAUCAAUUACGUCAAAGAUAACUCCAAAUUGAAGGAAUUGCUCCAGAGUGCUGAAUAUGCCAUUUCAAUGGAAGUGCCGGAAGAUGAACAAUUGGCUGAACAAAGCCAAGAUGUGGAUAAUGAUUCGGCAUCAGCAUCAGAUUCAGAUUGA